UUCAAUUUUAUUUUAUUUUUCAAUUCAGUUUCAUUUUUAAUCUAAACCAACUAAAUCAAUUAAUUUUUUACUUCACAAGACGUUUAUCAGUUUAUCUCUCCUACUUCAACUGUUUCUCUCGUUUCACUUCACUCCCUCCGCCAUUCGCGCCUUCAUCAAAUCCGAUCUGUUCUCCGACGCCAUUGUUCUUGCGUUUCUCUUCAGGAGUUAAUGGAAGGAUUUUUCAAGAAGAAAUUGCCUAUAAAGAGGAAAUUACCGUCAAAUGAGCAACAAACUAGUUCUCAAGAGAUGCAGUCUAGUGCACAAGAGCAACAAAUUGAAGUUAAUUUGGAUGAGUUGCCGUUAGAUCCUGGGAAGCGGAUUAAAAUGUCAGCAUAUCAUCUUAAUGAUCGAGAUAAGAUACGGAAAGUUUAUCUACAAAGAGGACCAUUUCAGCCUACUAAACACACUUUUCCUCAAAGGAAAAUUGGAAGUUCUUUAAGAAGAUUUUGUCCGUCUUGGUAUAUUGAAUUUGGAAAUUGGUUAGAGUAUAGUAUAGAAAAAGAUGCUGCAUUUUGUUUUUCUUGUUAUCUUUUUAGGCCUGAUUUUGGAAAGAAGGCGGGUGGGGAUUCGUUUGUGACAGAGGGUUUCACAAAUUGGAAAAAGAAAGAAAGACUUUCGUCUCAUGUUGGAGGUCCCAAUAGUGCUCAUAACCUUGCUUGGAAGAAGUUUCAAGAUUUCAAGAAACAAAAUCAACACAUGGAAGUUCUAUUAUCUAACCAAUCUGAACAGGUUUGUGACGUAUAUCCAAGUUUUUUAACAACUACAAUCGAGUCCAUUCGCUUUAUACUAGAACAAGGAUCGGCUCUUUGUGAUGUUGAGUCAACUGAUUCUGCCGAUCAAGGUAACUUCGUUGAACUUCUUAAAGUUCUUUUUCAAAGCAAAGAAUCAAGAAGCCUUGUUGUCUUGGAAAAUGCUUCAGAAAAUCAUCAAUCAAUCACUCCAACAAUUGCAAAGGAUAUUCUUAAUGUAGCUGCUUUGGAAACCACUAAUGCUAUUAUUAGUGAUCUUGGAGAUGAACUAUUUGGUAUUCUUGUUGACGAAGCUUGUGACAUAUCAAAUAAGUGGCAAAUGGUUGUCGCUUUGCGUUAUGUUAACAAAAAGGGAAGUAUUGUUGAGCGUUUUCUUGGUAUUGUUAAUGUUAAAGAGAUUACAGCUUUAUCACUGAAAAUGCAAAUUGAAGAAUUAUUUUGCAAACAUGGGCUUAGUAUAUCAAGAAUUCGUGUACAAGGUUAUAAUGGUGCUAGCAACAUCCAAGAGCAAUUUUCUGGUCUCAAAAAUUUGAUUAUAGAGGAGAACCCAUAUGCAUUUUAUGUACAUUGUUUUGCUCAUCCAUUACAAUGUAUGUUAGUUGCUAUGGCCAAAAAUCACAUUCAAGUUGCCUCUCUCUUUAAUUCGGUGUCCACUUUAUUAAAUGUUGUUAGGGGACCAUGCAAACAACACGAUGUGCUUCGUGAAAGACAAAUAGUCAAUGUUAGAGAGGCAUUGGAAAAAGGAGAAAUCCCUAAUGAACAAGGUGUGGAUCAAGAGACUAGUCUGAAGCAAGCUAUGGAUACUCGUUGGAAUUCAAAUUAUACAACUUUGAUCAAUUUGUUAAAAAUGUAUUCUGCUAUUACUGAUGUUCUAGAAAUUGUGAAAGAAGAGGGAUUAAAUGCAGAUCAAAGAGCUGAAGCCAAUGGUCUUUUACUUUUGUUUGAGGAGUUUGAUUUUGCAUUCACAUUGCAUUUGAUGAAAAAUGUCUUGGGUGUAUCAAAUGAAUUGUCUCAAGCAUUGCAAAGAAAAUAUCAAAACAUCAUUGAUGUUAUGGACUUGGUUAACAUCACAAAGCAACGGUUAAAAGAUAUGAGGAAUAAUGGAUGGGAUUCUUUAUUGCAAGAAGUAAUUUCAUUUUGCAAUAUGCAUACCAUUAAUAUUCCUCAUAUGGAAGAUGUAUUUUGUCCUAAGGGGAAGUCACGACGUGGAGACAAAGCUCAAGCCAUUACAGUAGAGCGUCACUAUUGUGUUGAAUUAUUUUAUGCAGUUGUGGACAUACAACUUCAAGAACUUAAUGAUCGUUUCACCGUGACAAAUACUCAAUUGCUCCUUUCUAUGGCUUGUUUGAGUCCAAUCGAUAACUUUUCUACUUUUGAUAAGACAAUGGUGAUGGAGUUUGCAAAAUUUUAUCCACGUGAAUUUUCUCCUAUUGAAUUAAUGAUGCUUGAUGCUCAAGUUGAGAAUUACAUCAUUGAUGUGCGUAGUGAAGUUGAAUUUGCGUCUUUAAAAGGAAUCAAUGAUCUUUCAGAGAAGUUGGUCAAAACUAGAAAACACAUUGUUUAUCCAUUAGUUUAUCGUCUUUUGAAGUUAGCUAUGAUUUUGCCCGUCGCCACAGCUACCACUGAAAGAGCCUUUUCUGCUAUGAGGUUUGUGAAGAAUAUGUUGCAUAAUCGAAUAGUAGAUGAAUGGAUGAAUGAUUAUUUAGUGACUUGUAUUGAGAAAGACGUGUUCAACAACAUUGACAAUGAGUUGAUCAUUCAACGAUUUCAUGUUAUGAAAUCGCAUAAUGAACAAUUAUAAGGUAUCUAUGUAAUUUAUUUGAGUAGAUAUAUUAAAAUGUCAUGACUUGGUUUAUUUUAGGUAGUUAGCUUCGACUAGGCUACUAAGCAUUCAUUGGUCUGAUGAUUAUGAUUUUUCUGAAGAAGUCACCACAAGUAAUGAAUAGCUAGCUCAUUACAUCUUUCAGGAGCAUCACACUAAGUGUUCCAAAAAAGAUGCCAAAAUAUUAAACAUUGUUUUCAUCAGUACUGUCACAGUGGUCAUUGUCUGAUCAUUUGAAGUUAUUUGCUAUGCCAAAUUGGAAGCAACGAUUUAAAGAGUCCCGAGUCUGUCUCAGCUAUAUGAUUUUCUAAAUUAAAGUUAAUGGUUUGUUUGAAAUGGAUGAAGAUAGCUACUCAAGCAUCAGAUUUGAAUUUUAUAAGAGUUUACAAUGCCAAUUCAAAAGCAGCUGGUUAAUUAGAGAGUGUUUUUUCGUUACAAUUUACAAGAUUCAUGCUAUAAUAUUGUUCACUCAUCAUCAUCAACUCAAGAUACGCCCAUACUCUUUUAAUUCAAAAUCACUCUUCUAAA